CAGUUUAUUUAUAAUGUCGGAAGAGAUUAGUUCGGUUACACUGCCCGCCUGGUUGAAGGCAGACCUAUUUGAAAAAUUGCUUAAUGAGCGAUUUGGCAAUAGAUAUGUGGGAAUCAAGGCCUUCAAGCCGGUGGCUGGUCUCAAGCCGGGAGAAAAUUACUCCACCAUUAUGCUACGCCUCCACUUUGAAGUCGAACUGAAGGAUCACGCCAUUGAAAAUGUGAGCUAUAUGCUGAAGACGCCGCAUGAUUUCGAGUUGUACCGCGAGAUCCUGAAGAAGAACAACAUGUUUGAGGUGGAGCGAGAUGUAUUCCUGCAAGUGAAACCCGAGCUGGAAAAUAUGUACAAGGAUGUCGGAUUGGAUGUCACGUUUGGAGCCAAAGCCUAUGAUAUCGACGUUCCCGAUAAUUACGUCCUGCUGCAGGACCUAGGUCCUUUCGGUUUCAAGAACGUCGAUCGCCUGGAGGGUCUGGACACGGCCCACACCAAAAGUGUUCUGAAGAAGAUGGCCCAGUGGCAUGCGGCCUCGGCCAACAGGAUUCACCUCAAGGGUCCCUACACCCAGAACUACUUGCAACCCACAUAUGCCGAUACUAUGAAGGAAAACAUCGAACAGGUAGCGGAAACAUUGGGAAAAUACCUGCUCAAGUGUCUUCCUCUUUACGAAGGUUUCGAGGAGUACAGCGAAGCGGUGCACAAGAUCCAGCCAAAGAUUGUGGACCUCAUGUAUGAUAUGAACAAGCCCGAUCCGGAGGAUUUCAAUGCGCUGAAUCACGGAGAUUGCUGGACCAACAACAUUAUGUUCAGGUACGAGGGUGAAUGCCCCGAACCAGCCGAAACCUAUUUUGUGGACCUUCAGUUGCCCAAAGUGGCCUGCGUGGCCCACGAUCUGAUUUAUUUCCUCCUCGGUUCGACGAAGUUCGAAAUUCAAUUGAGUCAGUUCGAUUACUUCAUCAAGUACUAUCACGACCAUCUAAUCGAGCACUUGCGAUUGCUGAAGUACCCCGAAGCCAAGACCCCCUCGCUGCGAUUCCUGCACACUCAGCUGCUCAAAUAUGGACGAGUUGGGUAUCACACUGUCCUGAUCCUCUGCCCGCCUGUGCUGCUCGAUCGCACCGAGGAUGCCAAUUUGACCGAUUUCGUCACAGAGUCGGAUAAUGGCGAUGGUCUCAAGAUGGCUAUGUACUCCAAUGCCCGCUACAAGAAACACGUUAGCGCCAUUCUCACCUGGCUCAACAAUCGCGGCGCCCUUCAGUAACUUGAAUCACUUUAUACCUCAAAGUAUUUAGUUUUCCUGUGGCAUUCGCUGAUAUGAUAAUGCUACUCAAAAAAGAUUUUGUACGCUCUCUAUAUAAAUAAAUAUUUUGAU